UCUACCGUAGUCUUAUAAUCUCCCAGUUCAAGGAUGCACAACUUUGGUACCUUCUGCUUUUGGAUGCUGUCUGCCUGUAUCCUGUGGCAAGGAUCCUUGGCGGAGGACCAGUCGGGCUUCGUUUGCCUGAUAGACAAACCAAAUCCAAAUCACUGCGAAAAUAUCUAUCUCACUCAACUGCAGUCGCUGCUCAACAAAGUGGAGAGGGGCCAGCACCGUAACACGCAGCUUAACAGGCUGGUGGAUCAGCAGGGUAAGCUGAAAGGCCAACUUCAGGAGAUGCAGUCCAAGCUGGAAGAACAACUUAAAGGAGUGGAAGCUAAGCUUGAUGGUCAACUUAAGGCGGUACAAACCAAGUUUGAGGAGUCGCAAGCAAAAUUGCUUGCGGGACAGGCAAAGCUUGACACCCAACUUCAGGCGGUUGUAAAUCAACUGCAGGCAGUGUCGAACAAAAUAGAUGCUGCAAAGGGGGUAGUCCCGGCUUCAUCCACGAUUACAAUUCCACCUGGAUUCGAGCUAAUCGGUACCAGAUAUUUUCGAAUUGUAAAUGAAUGGGCAAAUUGGGAGACUGCUGAGAGAAGGUGUCGUGAGAUGGGAGGUUACUUAGCCUCCUUUCAAAAUGAAGAAGAAUUCAACACCAUUUAUCCAAAACUUGUUAUUUGGCCGCCUUACUGGCUAGGCAUUAAUGAUCAACAUAAUGAGGGCCACUUUGUAUCUGUGGCCUCACAAAAGCCAGCACCAUUUUUAAAGUGGGUUGAGGGACAACCAGACGACGGAAACCAUGAGCAGAACUGCGUCUAUUUGUAUAAAGGCAAAAUAGGGGAUUACGACUGUAAUGAAACAUUAUAUUUUAUUUGUAUUUAUCAUUUUAAAUAAAGUUAUAUUUUAAAAU